AUGGGCUGUCAAGCACAACAGUGGACCGAUAGAGAAGAGAUUUGGGCCCAACCCAAGCAAGGAAGGAAGGAAGGAAGGAAAGUCGUCGUCUUCUCCGCAGCAACCAACCCUAUCCAUCCAUCUCUCUCUCUCACUCCGCAGGGCAGGUCACAGUCACAGGAGCCGCCGGAGGGAGCGAUGGAGACCUCCCUGCGGCUGCGCGGCGCCGACAGCACCUCCGGGCAGCAGCUGGGCCUCCGCAUCCACGCCAAGCAGAAGCUGCCCCUCGCAUACAACGCGCUCCUCCAGGCUCACGCGGAGAUCGACACCGCCACCCGGAAGCCCAGCCUCCUCGCCAUCCUCGCAAGGCACUUCUUCCCACAGCUGUCGGCCAACGUCGGGGCCGGGGUCCAGCUGGAGAAGGGCAACAUCUUCAGGUACACCCUCCGGGGGAAGAAAGCUGUCUCCUUCACCCACGACGGCCUCCUCGGCCUCAACAUCAAGGGCCGCCUCCUCGCCGACAAAAACUUCAAGCCGAGGAGGAAGAACGGCGCCAUCGAGCUCGCCUGGACCAUACUCGACUUCAGAAGGGGCCAGGACGUCAGGAUCAAGGCCGGAUACGAGCUAUACCGCAAGAUGCCUUAUUUCCAGCUGAGGGAGAACAACUGGACGCUUAAUGGUUACAUGGACGGGAAAUGGGAUGUCAGAUUCGAUAUGUGA